AUUAUGUUUGCAAAUAAGUAUUCCAUUAAAUUGGUUAGAUGUCUUAUUUUAUGUGUGUUUAUUCAAUCGUGAUGAGAAGACAGUUGAUGUUAUAGUAAGAACAGGAAAGAAACUAAUGACUGAUAUCAACGGACAAAAACCUGCACUUCAAUUAGAAGAAGGUUUGGAUCUACUACUACAACCUCGGCCCCAUUGCUCGAUUGUAAAAGGAAUGGAUUUCGAAGAAAAAUAUGACGUUCUUGAGGAGCUAGGAAAGGGGAUGUUUGGCGUCGUUAAGAAAUGCCGUAACAGAGAAACUGGCGAAUACUUUGCCGCUAAAAUUGUUCGUAAGACUGCAAAAUCUAAGAAAGAAGUGUCUCGUGAAAUAGCCAUGAUGAACCAGUUACACCACAAGAAACUCGCUCAAAUAUAUGACGCAUAUGAAACCAGUAGACAGAUGCUUAUAAUUAUGGAGUUGAUAGCUGGUGAGGAGUUGUUUGAAAAGGUUGUGAAAACUGAGCAAACUCUUACAGAGAUGCAAGUAGUGAGAUACAUGCGUCAAAUUUUAUAUGGAGUGCAACAUAUGCAUGAAAAGAGAAUAGUUCAUUUAGAUUUGAAGCCUGAAAACAUAUUGUGUGUUCAUGGUGGUGUACCAGGCUAUGAAGAAAUAAAAUUGAUUGACUUUGGCUUAGCGAGAGAGCUGAAACCUGGAGUAUCGGAAAGUGUAAUUUGCGGAACACCGGAAUUUGUUGCACCAGAAGUAAUUUCUUUUGACCCUGUGUCAAUUGCGUCCGACAUGUGGUCAAUUGGCGUUGUCACGUUUGUCCUACUUAGUGGCAUCUCACCGUUUCUUGGGGACGACGAUACAGAAACGCUACAAAACGUAACGAGUGGGGAGUUUGAUUUCGAAGAUGAAGACGAAACUUUUGACCAUAUAUCAGAUGAAGCAAAAUCCUUCAUCGAGAAGUUGAUAGUUAUGAAACCAACUAAAAGAAUGACAGUUGAGGAAUGCUUUCAACACGAAUGGCUAAAAGAAGGAGGAACAGAAAACAUAGUUGAUACUUCAAAUUUGAAGAAAUAUCUGGCCAAACGAAGAUGGAUGAAAUCUAUUAACGCAAUUAAAGCGAUUGGUCGGUUCUCAGCAGGAUUAUCCUUGUUUAACAAACGCAAAGAUGAAUCAAAUCCAAAGAUAAUUGAACUCCUGGAAGGAAAGGAUAUGAAAAACAACGAAAGCAACAACAACAACAAGAAAAACGGCGACAACGACACAGUUGAUAACGUCGAUAGCGAAGAAAACGAUAAAAACAACGACAAAAACAACGACAACAAUGACAACAACAACAAGAAAAAGAUCAUCGAUAACAAAAUCAAUGACAUUGAAAUUAUCCAUAGCAACAACCAAAUCACUGAAUCUCGAAAUAUACCGAAUCGUGUUGAUAAAGAAUCAAAAAUCGACAACAAUUUCACUGGAUGCUCAUCAAAUACUGAUAACGCCGACGAAGUGUCAGCAGCUCUACAAAGGAGAGCAGAAAGACGCAGGAUUGCACGCGAGGAACGCGAAAAAGAAGAAAUUAAUAAUGUCUUGUUCAACGGUAUGUGUGAUAUCACAUCGCAGUCGAAGAAAACGACUAACGAUUCAAGCGAUGAUAUUGGUCAAAAAUCCCAAGAUAUUAAACAGAAAUCGUUUAACGAAUUAGAUGAAAAAAUGCAUGAUAAAGUUUCUAGAAUUGAUAAAAAUAUCAGAGAUUCUGAAGUAGUAACAGAUAAGAACAAUAAUGAAGUUAGUUUGGAGAACGACGAAAAAGUGCUAGCAGAAAAUAACAACAUUCUCAAAAACCACACCUUAAACUGCAAUGGAAUAAACAACAUAAAAUUGAAUGAAGAAACAAAAUCAAAUAAUGAGAUUUUAUUACAACAAAAAGAAAAACAAACUAACAACUUUCCAAAACCAGAAAAUUAUUCGAAAAAAAACAGUAACAAAAAGAACGGCUUGAUUCAGGAGGACCACAAUAAUAAUAACAAUAAUAACAAUAAUAAUUAUCAAAAAGAAAAGAAAAAUUCUCGCCUUGAAUGUUCGCCACCCGAAGUUGAUAACACAAAAAGAAGAGGCUCCCUAUUCUCCAUCUUUAACAAGGGAAAACCAAACAAUGUAUCCAUGGCAACAGAUUUAAAAUAUGGUAUCCACUCCCCAAUUACUGACCGAAGAAGAUCUACAGGUAACGUGUUGAAACGAAUUAAAACAAUAGACGAAAUUAAAAUCAGUACACCUGAAAAAAAACCGUUAGCUUUCCAAAGAGGAGAAACACUCCGAAAAAGUUUGAAAAAAUUCGAUUCUUCUGAUGUAGACAGUUCAAAAAAUACUGAUCGGAAUAAUUUAAGAAAACAAAGCAUGCCUAACAUUAGAGUUCAAAAAGGGAGCGUUAAAAACAGAGUCGCAGCAUUUCAAGGGUAACAAACAAGAACUUUUCCAUAAUAAUGGAAAAUUAGAAGAGUUUGUUCGGGUGUGUAUGGAGUAGUACUUUGAAACCAUACCGUUUGUACCGUAAAGCGUAAAAGAGACUGAGAAAAAAAAGAAGUCUGUUGCAUUUGGUUGGACUUAUUUUUGUGGGUAAUUAGCCACUAUAUAUAGCUAUCCUUUUUUACCGCAUAAUAAGAACAAAUCCAAUGGUUUUGCCACCAAGAAUCCUUGCUAAUAAUUUUUUUAUAUUUUAAAGUAUUUUGUUUUAAUAAUUUUCUCAUUUUUUUUCUUGUGUUGUAAAUUGUAUUAACUAACUGUAUUGAUUGAACUUUGUUGCCUUUGGGAAUACCAGGCGGCUGUUAUGUGGUUCUUGAUGUCGAGACGUCGGAAAUAAUCGUCCUAAAUGUUCUUAGCUUUAAUUUACGACAUUUGCUCACUCGCCAUCAGUUUUCUCCCCAUAGCUAUUUUUGUUGGUUUGGCUGGUUUUCGUCACCUUAUGACGAUUUUGUUACUCAGAGCCGAAAGAAGUUUGGACCGAUACGAUAUCAAUGUGAGAAAUUAUUGCGUCCAAAAAUUUGUGGAUUGGCGUUUCGUUCACAUAUGAUAGCUUUCUUGUUUAUUAAAGUUUUGAUUAAUGUUAAAUGUCAGCCGUGGUGCAAGAAUUUCCAGACUGUAGGGCAAGGGCUUACAUUCUAAGUUUAUCUAGACCCGAGUAGGAAAUUUUGCAUCUUCGGUUUCUGUCUCCUGAAAAGAAAGAACGACUGUUUGCGAUAGGAGUUAAAACGAACUGCCACAAGAAGACUAAAGGCGUGAGAACGUUAGAAGGACUGGGGACUAAGAGAAGCGAAUAUAAACACUAAAAAAAUCUAGCACUCCAAUUAUGGACAAAAUUAUUUUAACAAACUCA